UUUUAAAGGCAUCUUGCUCACAAAGAGCCAUUUUUGUAUUCUAAUCUGUAUAAUCUUUGCUGCUAUGCUAUCUCAUACAAGUAGAACAAUGUCAUAUAUUCAUUGAUGUUUCUCAUGUUUUUCUUUUGAUUCAACUUCUGCCUAUUUUAGCAUUUAGAAUAAUUUCAUCAAGCUGGAUCCGGUUAGUUCUCAUACAAGUGUCUUGCUUCUCAAACAUGAAGACACAUUUCUAAUUUUGCCCUACAGACUGAGUAUCCUAUCUGUUAGAAUAUUUUUCUGGCAGGUUGAGGGGACAUGUCCUUGAACUUAUUACUAACAGCAUAAUCUCAACCUGGCCUUUGACAUUGAUUGUAUUAUUGCAGUCAUAACAUUUCUCUUUAUCACAAACAACAAAUGUCUCAACAAACAAGUAAGAAUGUCACCAAGUUUCAACUUUUUUUCCCCUUCAUUUUAGCUUGCAAGUACAUAGAAAUAUGGAAGGCUUCAGAUACAAAACCCUGAUCGUUUGUUAUCAGAGAACAUUCCAUCAGCUAUUGCUGAUGAUGAGUUUAUACGGUCACAUAUUGACAUGCCACCUAAACUGCCUAAUUGGAUUUGGGCAUCACUGGUUGCCAUUCUGGGUAUUAAAACAUCUUCAACAAAACAAGUUUGUAUAGCAACUGCACUUCAUAUCAUCACACUGAUCGCAGCAUUUUCCUUCGGAGCAAGCGGUUUUGUCUUUAAUAUCUAUGACAGUUUGGGCAAAUUCUCUAAAACCACAGUUCUUGUUGGUAUUGCCAAAUCUGUCCUGGGCUUGUAUUGGAUCGGCAUUGGAAUUUACGCCAAUUCUUUAGCAGCUCGAUUGUUUAGUAAUAAAAGGAUGGUGGAUUGUAUUCGUCUACACUCCAAAACUUUUCUCAAGAUAAGCACAGUGUUAAUCAUUGUGAUUCUGUCUAUGAUUGUUAUUGCUACCAAUCUAUACACCAAUAUCUACCUCUUGGAUAACAAAGCUUCUGGCAAUGAGACUGGGGUUGUUGACAGUAACUGUGCCACAAUUGGUUCUCAGGUAAUUCUGUGCCAAAUCUACUUUGGGUCCAAAGUUUUCUAUUCAAUUUUGUGCUUGACCUGGAACCUUUUGGUUGCAUGUAUUUAUCUCUCUGUAUGCAGGACUCACACUAUAAGUAUUCGCAGGUUCAUGAAAGAGCUAAUGUACGACACAAAAAUUUUUGAGGAAUUUUGCAUGAUACAGGCCCUGGAAGAACAACAGCAGCAACCAGCUAAUCAGAGAAAUCAUAGUGCAGUGGCUGAUAACUUGAAUGAGUUUGACAUCUGGCAUGACGACAUAGCCAACUUUGACACUGACAGUCAUUCUGAGCCACCAAGUAACGCACACUUGUUACGGACACUUCGAGUCAUGCGACAAAACACGAGGUCUCAGCUGACUCAACUUACCAAUGAAACAGGCAGCCAACAGCCAGAGAGUCUGUACAUGUCUUGUAGCAUACCAAACAGAGAGAGAUCCAACUCCAGUCGUGGCUGGCACUUAGGAGAAGACAAUAAUAGUGUAGCCUCUGAUCUUGACUCAGUUGGGAGUCCAGAACAAGGGGAGAAAACCAUCCUGGGGACUCCCAUACAAGAAAGCACUCAAUACAAAAAUCUGCCAUCACAUGACAGAGCUAUGGAUGGCAAAGUUCCACAGGCAUCUACGCCUCAGGAACCUUCCCAUGUGCCUGCCCAGGUUACUCGCUCUUUUCUCAGUGAUGUGCAACCACCUAUCAUGAAGAAUGAGGAUCUAAUGUUCACAUACUUCCAAUUGCUGCGCAGACUGUCGUCCACAUCACGUUUGCUCCAGCGCUGGAUUUCAAGUUGGAUAACUUUCAUCAUGCUUUGGUGCUCUCUGCUUAUCGUGUACUGGACUACACACACUGCACAGCUUUCUGGGAUUGUUCAGUUUCUUACUCCCCUUGUAGCACUUGGCCUUUUGACCUCAGCUUAUGCUGAAGUCAACUUUGAGGGUGAAAGGUUACUUAAGUGUGUUCUGCCAACUGAAGAAAGAAUGUCUGUCUUGUAUUAUUUCCAAAGUACCAAACUAGAACUGAAGAUAUUUAGCUUUACAAUGACAUACAACACCAUUGUAACUGUUGUUGCUGGUAUUGCUGUUACAUUUGCAACCAGAAUAAUCUUGGACCAGUUUGUGAAAUAAUCAGUGUAGCUCUUCAUCAAAAGAGAUCAAUGGAGAGUCAAGGCAAAAAAUAUGCUGAAUGAAAAAUAUUUUAAGGCCACAUAACAUGCAGUAUUUUACUUGUUGAAAUUAUUUUUUUUUCUACACGGAAUCCUUUGCUAAGAACAUUCCAAUAUAAUGUAUCUAUGCUAAUUACUUUCUUGUAACAAAGUAGAUUUAAUAACUUCAAUCAUCCAGUGAAAAUUUUAAAAGAAAGUUUAAUUG